AGUGUCCCGACCCCGACGAUAGUAGAGAAGUGUUUUGUAGCUUUUCGAUCUUCUAUCUUUUCUUUAAAGUUCAACAUUGCGGUGCAGAAAGCGUGUGAAGGUAGAGACAAUUACAAGCACUAACGUACUUCUUACGGAAGUAGGUCACAGAGAAGAAGCUUACUUACGCAUUUAUUACUCUGAAGCCCUGACGAAUUAGAAAUAAAAUGAGGCGAAGGUUAGAACAAAAAUUAUGUCGCAGCUUUUCUACCCUAGUAAUGUCAUUGCCUCGUGGAAGAGCCAGGAACGGUUGAGGACAAGGUCGUCGGAGGAAGCAUCAAGGCAUCUGCGUCAAUCCGGAUCACAAUUCGUCCGAAAAACGCCGAGAACGAUGUUGGAUCGUACCGUUCGUGGGCAUGCUCUUGUAACAGCGGCAGCGCUCUUUUUGUUCACGGCUCAUCGUCAACAUGGAAUUGCCCAAGCCGUUACAAACUGUGCCGCAGUCUCGGACGGCGCUACGGGAUUUUUCUGGGAUGAUGCGAGCUGCAACACUGCAUUGCACCCUGAUGAAGGUGUAGUGAAUGAUGAAGCAACAUGCAUCAACACUAAGGACGAUACCAGCCCUGGAGAUUGUGGUCAUGCUGGCACAUGCUGCCGCGUGGUAACACAAUUGUUAUCAAUUGUAAAUAUGUUUGGGUCUGGAAGUUUGCAAGACCUAUGACGCUAGCUUGCUUGCUUGACAGGAGAGAGAAAUCUGUCGUGCGUGAUCUUGUGCUACAGGGUGAUCCUUGAAAGAGCUCACUUUUCUCAUUACCAAAAAACGCUAAAAGAAUUGCACUUCAUUUGUUUGUCGUCGUCGUGCGAAAGGGCACGCUUGACGUAUUUGCUCAGCAACUUGUCAUGCCUGUUCGCCCCUUAUUGGAGGUUGCUCAACAUCCGCGCACGAGCGUCACAAUCUUCCCAAUAGCCCCGACAUGAUAUUUGCAGUUGAUAAUUAUGUGGUAGCUUCACGUCGUGUCCUGUAAACUCGAAUCCUAUCAUGGUGACCAGCAGCUACCCGCCGGCUUUGGACAGCAAACUUGUGGACGAUUGCACCGAUGUGUCUAGCGACACCACCUUUUGUACCCAGGAGUUGUGCUGCACAGCAGCAGGUGUGUCUCAAGAUUCUUCGGAUACCAGCUGCGGGGCCUUCUGCGGCGAGCUGAAGGAUGCAAAUGGAGUGGCUAUCGGUGUCUCCACCCACGCGACACUGAGUCAGAAACUAUGCAAGAGGUGGACCCUUAACCAGGGAUAUUGGUGCAGUAUGCAACACUGUCGGUGCGAGUGCAACGCCGGCGCGGGGUACCACCUGGUUACAGAUAACGGCCUGUAUUCCGUUGCUCGAGACUUGCGCACGGACUGCAUAAAGCCGACGUGUUUGAAGCAUGGUGGCGCCCUGGACGGUUCAGAGGCCACUGCGAACUCAUUUUGUACCGGCAGUUCUUAUUCCCCAAAAGACAGCUUGAGCACAAUCGAGUGUCAAAACAGUCGCUGCACAGAAGAGGAGUGUUGCAAGCCGCGGACGUGUGGCAAUACCGAUGGAGGAAAUGCGGUUUACUCGCCGUGUCCCUCAGGCUCCGCACUCAGAGCCGGCCCGGCUUAUCGUGAGAUACAUUCUCCCCUGCCCAUACUCAAGAUGGAUGAAAUUUCCGAUGCCGCUGUGUGGCCACAAUGCAUAUUUUCGAAAAAGGCGAAAAAGCGACACACCUUACGCUCACUCUGUAGGCCAUUGGACCGUAGAGCUACGUAGAACUACGUCGCACUUCGUCGAGUAGUGGUGAUAGAUUGCGCGCCUCUGCGCUUUCGUUCUUUUUAUGGAUCCGUUUUUUUGUUUGGUUUUGCGUUUGUUCGUAAUGCUUGCAUGAAAGAGCUCCCAUUGCUGGUGGAGGCGCCACCCUGGUUGCGGAUUUGGGGGGACAAGCUCUUUCAUGUCGGAGCACCUGUAUGCCGCUGGGAAGGAAGCGCAGCAAGCUUCUUGCUGAAUUUGUCCGAAUUGGCGCAGCAGCGGCCAGCUUCGGCUGCUUCUUUCCUGCGUUUUGCCUCCACAUGCAUAAGGACCUCCAGGGCCGUGCGUCAUGUUCGAGCUCACGACUUAAGCGCACGCCGCACGUCUGGCCCUCGUGAAGCGGGGGCCCAGACCCAUGCUGCGCGUUGUAGCUGCCCGAGCCGCCUUCUCGUUGCGCCUUCUAUCACCACUCAUUUUCCGAAAGGCCUGGACUUUCAUGACAAGCGCUGUAGAGUUUACUCGACCCUUCUUUUUUACUGAUUUUAGUCGAAGGCCGCGGCCGCCCGGACGUCCUGCCGGUAGAUCACCGAUGUCAUACCAUUCUGCGCAGAAUUGCAGCCUUCGAUCCUCUUUCAUCCUGAGCCAGCGAAGCGUCUACCUGCUUCCCACGCCUGCACUCUGCCUUGCCUGUGUUCUGGCAUGACAGAAUGGUUCUUUGCGUACAGAACUCUCGCAUCAGAACAGAGUUAUGCAUUGGAAUAUGGGAGGGGGGAUUUUCCAUUUUGAUAUGAAGAACUUCAAGUGCGGCAACGACGGGUAUGGAGACCCCUGUGACCAAAACCGCUGCUGCGUGGCUUUGGAACCAUUGCUAUCAACUGCAAACAUGUCUGGGUUUGGAAGUUUGCAAGAUCUGUGAUGCGUGCUCGACAGGAGAGAGAAAUCUCGCACGCGUGUUGUGCACCGGGCGUGUCGAUCCCGGAAAAGGAAUGAAUACACUUUCGAGAAAACGAAAAACGAAUUGCUACAGGGGGUGGUCCCUGGUUUGUCGUGGCGCCACGAGUGGCAGUAACUUUCGGAACGGAAUCCCGAAAACUUCUUCGGUCAUCAUCCGCUAGCACAGAUGAUCGAUUACUACAGGCACUGGCGGCGUGGACAUCGUAGCAGGGUUUCGUUAAGGUAGCUGCCUGUUUUACUGAAAAGUACCUGAGGGGCCAGGCCAUGAGGUGCUAGGCGGUCUAGCAGCUCCGGAGCGGUAGGUGGCCGCGUGCCUGUUCUUCAUCCGCGGCGCCAGCGCGCUUCCUUUUUAGGAGUUCGAGUUUCGGUCUCUGAUUCCAAGCUCAGGGUGUUUGGGCUGCUGUUUAGUUGGGCGGUGCACCGCGGUGUUUUGUAGGGUUGCCCGAGUGAUUCCUUUGUUUCGUUUGGCAGGCUGCCUUACCCCCUGGCUUCAGGGCUUGUUGGUAUCGUCCUAAUCUGGCCGGGCUUUCUUCCGCAUUGUUUGAGCGGCGGCUUUGAAGUCCUUUUACGCGCGAGUUUGUUACUCGGCAUUCUAGCGCGCCAGUAGCGUGGGUUUGAUUUCGCAAACGCAACCCAGUUCGUCUCCCAGCACAAAUAUCACCGAAAAGCUUCUUGAGGCGCGCUGCUACCUGUGGCUCUGCCUCCCUCCGGCAGGGGUUUAGUUCACACGUUGAGCUGGAGGUUGCUCAAUAUCCGCACACCAGCACCGCAACCCUCCAUUUAACUCCGAGAUGUUUGCAGUUGAUAAGCAUGUUCCGGUGUAGAUGAACAGUCCGUUUGCGGAGCUGGUGAGUCGCUCAUCAUGGUGCACCCCUGGGAUUUCGGCGCUGUCUACAAGAGUUUUGUCGAUUGCAGUGUGGAGGAAGAUAUUCGCUUGACGCUGUGCAAUGCGAACCCCAGCAAGCCCUACACCUACACGACGGCCUCGCCCUACGGCAAAUUGGUCGGAUGCAGCAGCGCUGCAAUCGACUCGCUGUGCAGGGCGGACAAGUGCUGCAUGAGUAGUGCAGGCGACGACACUACAACAUGUUCCAAUUUCUGUGCCGGGCUGACUGGUUUCAGUAACUCGGAAGCGGACCAUGCCGACAUGAUUUGCAAGGACCGGUACGGAGGUUGGUGCAGUGUCCAGAAUUGCCGGUGCGAAUGUGACACUAGUGCGGGAUUAUACAAGGUGAAAGAUGGAGGGUAUUCCGUCGAUCCGCAUCCGCGACUCGCUACGGACUGCGAGGCGGUAGUACAAACUUGUGCAACUCAGGUUGCAGAUAAUUUGUGUACUAGUAAGAAUUAUCUGCGGAAAGAUAACCCGGAGUUGAUCAAGUGUGCUGAAGACGCGUGCACUGAACGGGAGUGUUGCAAACCGACCUGCACAAACAACCAAGUGGUGGACGGCGGUGAUCCAGAUUUGGCUCUGUAUGACUGCACGAGCGCCAAUAAGGUUGCGAAGUAUCUCAAUGGGGAUCUGAUGGCCUGCACCAACAUCGACGACAGCACUCAUUCCUGUGUUGCUAACAAUCCGACGAAUAAUAACCUUUGCUGCAUGGAACAAACCUGUGAUUCGCAUACUAUUCGAGUCGACGGGACCACUCUCACUUAUGACGAUUUCCCGUGUCCGAUUCAUCCAAUAGCUACAUCACUGAAGACGGCCACCCCGCCGCCGAUCACCUGCGCUUCCGCUAACGGUGGUUGCGACGCCGCGACCUUCUGCGACGGACCGACUGUCUGCAGCGAUCACGAAUGUACUAGCGUCGGCAAAGUUGUUUCGCAAGGAAGCUGGGACAAGAAUUGCGCGCUCGCAGAUGCAGCUGGUACAAAUCAAGACUGCGAAACAACCUGCUGCACUUCCACCACGUGUGCAAGCGACGCCAGCCUCUGCGAUGCGCAAGGUUUCGACUUGUACCCCCGGGAAGACGCCGCCAGCAUCGGCUGCGACGAUGGCGUAUCCACUGCAAAUGGAAAUCAGUCCUCUGGAGGGUCUAGAAUAAAGUUCUGAGGCUGGUAGGUUGGAGAAGCAAUCUUCACGACGAGGACGCCUUCAUUGACGGACAAGCAUGACAAAUAAAUUUUUGAGGUGCUAGGCGUCGGCCAAUCUGCAUGACGAAAAGCGGUUCAUCUGCAUGACAGAAACGCGCGGCGUGUCGGUAACGUGCCUGAAGACAGCCUUGAUGAGAUUUGCGCCCCUUACAUUCUUUCCCCAGACCCUGAAAUAUUUGCAAUCCAUAUCACGGGUGCACACGGGCUUUGUGCUGCCGUGGGGCUUACUGCGGGGCGUGCCCACACGGCUUCGAGGGGGCGUGCACAAGUGACCUGAUCGGCUUGCCCAACUGCCAGAGUUGUUACGAUGGCUAUCAUAGAGUCGCGACCCCAGGACAUGCAGGCUCAUACAGCUGCCACCCGAACGUGUGCCUUUGUAGCUAUGGCACCCCCGACACCGGCACCGACUGCGUGACUGAUUCGGUUCUUACGAGCUGCAAGCUAGGCAGUUGCUACGCCGGUUACAACAUGGUGAUUAAUGCGAACAAUCGGCGCGAAUGUGUUCCGAACGAACUGUGCAAGAACGGUUUUGACGCGGAGUCCGAAGUAUCAAAUGCAAGAAAUAUGUUGUUCGGGUCUGGAAGACUGCAGAAAAUGUAUGUCAUGCAUCUUCUGGAACACAAGAUGGAUGAGCUGGAAUUCGGCAUGAGAAACUCGCAGCUCUUUACGUACCAAGAAGUGGUCAGCUUUAGCCCCCCCAGAGUCUGCAUCACUUCAGAGGACCCACACAUAUUUGCAAUGCAUACGAAGUGCAGUGUCCGGCGGGCACGUCAGUCGUGGCGGGCCCCGCGGCCGAGCUGUUGCGGUGCACUGCAGCAGUGUGCACCCGUAUGACAGUGCACAACCCCCCCUGCCCCUCAUUGGUCAUGCACAUUGCCAAAUCCAGUUGCUGUCUUCGCCUUGUGGCACUGUUUGCAUGACAGAUUCUGAAAACCCAAAGAGUACUACACUCGGCGCAUGAACUUGUCAUGCACAACCUCCACGUGUGGUGCUUAUGCUGGUGUUUCUAUUGCUGUUCAUCUUCAUGCAAUACAAAUGAGGCGGAGGGAAAGUGCACUCUCAUAGCCCUCGCCGACGAUGCCGCUACCUGCUGUGUCAGCGAUUUGACCACUUCCUGCGCCGUACCCUGAGUGAAAACUACGUCGCCACCCCAGACCAAUAGGGUUGUAGUCUCCUCUGUUGAACCCCAGACCAAUAGUGACUCCUCUGUUGAACCAAUAGGGUUGUAGUCUCGCGAGAUCUUCUCGUGAAUAAAUUGUAAAUUGUAAAUUGUACUUCUCAUGCACAUUUGCAUCUACAGGAACAUGAAGAUGAACAUUUGUACUUAAAAUGCUCAUUCCCAUGAGAAGCGUUUCUAAUCGUGUUUUGGCCUGUGUAUUUCAAAAGGAGUGUAAAAAGGCGAAGCAGACGGCGAUGGUUAUGUGAUGCGGCUCUCCCUGUCCUUGUGUUGCCGGGGUCCCAUGAACUUUGCCUUGUGUUGCACAGGUUCUAUUCUGGAUUUGUCUUGCACAGGUCCCAAGAGCUUGACACUGGGGUGACGACGUUUUUGCACAGGAUACGCCGCCGCGGCCGCUAAGGACGAAAUCACCUGCCCGGAUCUGAACGGUGCGGCGCGCGUCAUCGACUUUUCGGCCGUGUGCGGCGGCGCCACCUGCACGCCUAGCGAGUGCUGCGUCACCGCGCCAAUGUGCGCGACGCUGACCUGCCCCGACGCGAAGUCGCUGAGUCGCGGCGCGGACGUGAGUUGUGCGCGGGUAUCGGGGUGUGAGGUUCCGGAAUGCUGUAUAAAAAUGAAAAAAUCCCCCCUCCCCAUACUCAAAGUCGGAAUUUGUGUAAAAGGAUGAUUUCUUCUGAUCACAAAUCCAGUUGUGAUGCUGGUAGGGAAGGGAUGCGGACUGUAGUUCUGCCUGGCACGGGCAAGCCUCCCUCUCCAGCAUGAUAGGAACCAACUGGAUUGCCCAGAACAGCAUGACAAACAAAGUGCCUGAAAAUAGGCCGCGCGUGUGUCUUUUUGUCUUCCAGCAAUACAAGUGUAUCUCUGUACACAAGCACAACUCGCGCAUCAGAAUAAGUCUCCUUUUGAUAUUAUGGGAAAAGGGGAUUUUUCCUGACAAUAUGCUGCGUGGUUGCCUCGGAGCCGUUCCGUUCGGUGACAACGUUGUCCAUGGACCUGCCCGUAUCCAGAUGAUGAAAAGUGCCCGUAUCCCAGAAGUGGAGAAAAUUUCUGAUGCAUAAGUUUUGCAAAUGAAAAACUUUACUGGUCCAGAGUCGAGACUUUCGGAAGCAUGUUUCUUCACAUGACAAAUGUUGUAGCCGCUAGGCUGCAUGCAGAAUUUGUGCUGCUGGAAGUUGAUGCAGGAUGCGGAGAGCGUUUCCAUCGGGAACUUUUGGACAUGCAAGUAGCGCCCUCCCUCUCUGGGAUACGGGCGCUUUUCCCUUCGAUAGCCCGCCGAUGCGGACUACACGGACGAGGAGCUGUUGGACACACUGGGUCCCAUAUCCUGUGUAAAGACGUCCCCGCUUCAUACCUGUCAUGCAAAUCUGCAUGCCUAGGCCUACUUACUUCUACAAAAGAAAACAGUGCUGCUCAUGCACAGCGGCCCCGUGAGAAGCAGUUUUCAGAUGUGUUUUGGCAUUUGUCAUGCUAGAACCACAAGGACAAUCUGCUGAUCGAUUGUCGAUGUAGCUGCACUAGCUAUUAAACACGACUACACUUCUACGAGCCGAAUUUAUUUGUUCUACGCAACAUCACACAAUAAACAAGCUUAUGGGUAGUUUAUUGUGCAGCUGCACCGUGUUCGUGAAGAUCUUCUUGACUUUGGGGCGGGGACGUUUUUGCUCAGAAUACCUCAGCGUGAAAAGCGGCCUCGGUAUCCCACGAAAAAAGUGUUACAGUUACACACUUGUAGUGAAUUCAGCAACACAAAUUUCUCUCCAUGAGAGAGAAAACUUGUAAUGCAGAAAUCCUUCGAGAAAACUAAAACACCUAUUAAACGAGGCUCCUAUAAUGCAUAUCCGGCAUGACAGUACUUGUCUGUCUUGCUGGGCCUGCAUAGACUAUGUGUGUAACUGUAACACUUUUUUCUUGCGAUACUCGAGCAGAGCAUCCUUGCCGGCGCCCCGGCGGGUUCCGUGGUAGAGGUUGAGAUCAUUUCGAUCACCUUCGAGAAUUCCCGCCGCCGCACGCAGCUGGAAGACCCGCGCUCUGAACGCAGAGCGAUGGAAGGCGCCAUUGCGGGAGACGGAGAUGCUGUUGAAUCUGCGACCACGAAGCGGGAGAACACAAGGGACAAGCGCCGAUAUCAAACAAGAAAGUUCGUCACGAUCACUCAUGCGCAUUUUUGCAAUACAAAACUUUCGUUUUAGAAAAGUUUUCGGGUUGCGCCAUAAAAUUAAUUAAAUAAGUUUGAAGAAUGAAACUAAAUAGAUUAGCUAAAUACGAAAAUAGAUAGCCAUAGACUAUAUAUUGGUGCUUAGCAUAGAGCAUUGCUCAUCAUUAUUAUGAUGAGCCGCGUGCUUCUUUCUUUUUGUCCUCCGUUGCGAAGACUUGGCCAGGUGAUCACCUCCAUCAGCGAAAGGCGGCCGCGCGUGAUCGUCGUCCGCUGACGAAGAUCACCGGGGUCGACAGUUUCGCGGCCGUUCCGUAGAAUUGGCCAGGUGAUCGCCAUCAGCGAAAGACGUCCGCGAUUGGUCGUCGUCAGCUGGAGACGAUCAACAUGCUCGACAGUUUCGCGACCAUUCCGGAGAAUUGGCCAGGUGAUCGCCAUCAGCGAAAGACGUCCGCGAUUGGUCGUCGUCAGCUGGAGACGAUCAAGAUGGCCGACAGUUUCGCGAUCAUUCCGUAGAAUUGGCCAGGUGAUCACCAUCAGCGAAAGACAUCCGCGCCUGGUCGUCGUCAGCUGGAGACGAUCAUCAUGGUCGACAGUUUCGCGACCAUUCCGUAGAAUUGGCCAGGUGAUCACCAUCAGCGAAAGACGUCCGCGCUUGGUCGUCGUCAGCUGGAGACGAUCAUCGGGGUCGGCAGUUUCGCGGCCGUUCCGUAGAAUUGGCCAGGUGAUCACCUCCAUCAGCGAAAGACGUCCGCGAUUGGGCGUCGUCAGCUGGAGAUGAUCAUCGGGGUCGACAGUUUCGCGAUCACUCCGUAGAAUUGGCCAGGUGAUCACCAUCAGCGAAAGGCGUCCGCGACUGGUCGCCGUCAGCUGGAGACGAUCAUCACGGUCGACAGUUUCGCGACCAUUUCGCAGAAUUGGCCAGGUGAUCACCAUCAGCGAAAGACGUCCGCGAUUGGUCGUCGUCAGUUGGCGACGAUCAUCAUGGUCGACAGUUUCGCGACCAUCCUGUAGAGCUGGGCAGGUGAUCACCAUCAGCGAAAGACGUCCGCGAUUGGUCGUCGUCAGCUGGCGACGAUCAUCGGGGUCGACAGUUUCGCGAUCAUUCCGGAGAAUUGGCCAGGUGAUCACCAUCAACGAAAGACGUCCGCGCCUGGUCGUCGUCAGCUUGCUGGCGACGAUCAUCAUGGUCGACAGUUUCGCGACAAUUCCGUAGAACUGGCCAGGUGGUCGCCAUCAGCGAAAGACGUCCGCGAUUGGUCGUCGUCAGCUGGAGACGAUCAGCAUGGUCGACCGUUUCGCGACCAUUCCGCAGAAUUGGCCAGGUGAUCCCCAUCAGCGAAAGACGUUCGCGACUGGUCGUCGUCAGCUGGAGACGAUCAUCAUGUUCGACAGUUUCGCGACAAUUCCGUAGAAUUGGCCAGGUGAUCACCAUCAGCGAAAGACGUCCGCGACUGGUCGUCGUCAGCUGGAGACGGUCAUCGGGGUCGACAGUUUCGCGAUCAUUCCGUAGAAUUGGCCAGGUGAUCACCAUCGGCGAAAGACGUUCGCGACUGGUCGUCGUCAGCUGGAGACGAUCACCAUGGUCGGCAGUUUCGCGACCAUUCCGUAGAAUUGGCCAGGUGAUCACCAUCAGCGAAAGACGCCCGCGAUUGGUCGCCGUCAGCUGGAGACGAUCAUCGGGGACGACAGUUUCGCGAUCAUUCCGUAGAAUUGGCCAGGUGAUCACCAUCAGCGAAAGGCGCGCGCGAGUGCCGGCCGGGCCGGCGGGCUUGCGGCUGCGCGCUGGCUUCCUUCCCGGAAAAAGAAGGCCGCCGGGCGUUUCCGGGCCUCCUACGUCCGUAGAACGCCCGGAAACGGUGGCGGGCAGGCAGCGUCUGGCCGGGUGCGGGGGCUGCCCGCGAAAUUGUCGCCCGGCGAUUUUGCCGAAAAAGUUCGCCGCGACGAAGAUCGCCGGGCGGGCUGCGCGCCAAAGUUCUAGGGGGCGGCUGCGAAACUGCCGCCCGGCAAAGAUUGGCCCGGCUUUUUGUUCGGUCGGCCCCGCCUGUACUUGGCGCGCCCGGAAAAAGACGGCCGCCGGGCGUUUCCGGGCUCUCUACGCCCGUAGAACGCCCGGAAACGGCGAAACGCUGCCCGUCGCCCAGAUUUGUUGCUGAAUUCCUUGGGCGGCACGGAAGCGUCGCCGACAAGGCUCGCCGUGCCAUCGGGGGCGCCCUGUGGUAAAUUUCCCGCGCCAAAGGUUUUGCGGGCAAUCUUGAGACGAUGACGACCAUGCCGGAUCAUCUUCAGCCGAUGACGACCACGCCGGAGCAUCUUCAGCUGAUGACGACCAUGCCGGACCGCCUUCAAUGGAUGAGGACCAUGCCGGAUCGUCUUCAGCUGAUGCCGACCAUGCCGGAUCCUCUUCGGCUGAUGAUGACCAUGCCGGACCGGUUUGCAUUUAAUGGCGAUCACCUGGCCAGUCAUCAGUUUCUAUUUGAUGGCGAUCAUCAAUUUCAUCACGUGACCCGAAAACAUCUAAAAGUGAUGAGUUGUUGCAUUUAGUUUCAUUCUUUUUAAUUAUUUAAUUAAUUUUAUGGUGUGACCCGAAACUUUUUCUCACUCAAAUUUUCUGUCAUGCGUAAAAAUGCAUCACAGCCAAACUUCAUAAGGGAUUUCCCUAGUGUUUCUGCAAUACAAGGAAAAGUUGUGACGCUAAAAAAAUUUGUAAUGCAAAACGUGCAAGCUAGCGACUGUGACAAACUUUUUUCUUUCCAUAGCCGACGAGCGUCAGCUAGUACAACCACGUCUGAUGUGCUUGUGGACUUCACUUAUGGAUUGCAAAUAUGUCUGGUUCUGGAUAAGUGCAAGAUUUGUUAUAUGCUUGUCUGGCAUGCCUUUGGUGAAUCUGAGCACUGUGAUGCACAGGCACGAACAGCCCCUCUGGACUGCCAUGCGAAAAUGCCAUCGAUCUGCCAUGCGGAAUACGCAACACAUUAGCAGCUCAAAAAUUUGUCAUCCGUGCGCUUGGUUGCCUAAACAGUAUUCAAGGGUGCCCAUCAAUCGCACCGUUGCAUUACAAGUUCCCCGUUCGUCCAGCAGCAGACAUGUUUGCAGUGGACUUCAGUGUCACGGGCGGACAGUCCGAGUCCGGGGAGGACCUUCCUGUCCAGUAUCGUAAGGAAAGAUCCCCCCACCCCAUACCCCAGAGGAAAUCUUGUGAUGCAGAUUUGUGCUCACAAAUCAGUUCUUUUGACUUGCAGGAAGGCAACAGGUGGCGCAGAGGCUUCCGGCUCAGCAGUAGGCAAGCGAUUUGGCAUGCUCAUGCUGCGGUGCCUAGACGAGGGUGCUUAGCCAUUUGCGAUGCUAGACAAAUAGAAUCAAACGCCCCUGCCCGGGCUAAAGAUCAUCUGGCCGCAAUGCCUUACUGCAAGACAGUGACAGAGCGCGCUUAUUUGUGCACACACGACACACCCAGACCCAACAUGAGAAACUUCGUUAUGGUAUGCUGGGGAGGGGGGAUUCGUUUUCCUUUUGAUACCAGGGAGCUGGUAACAAGCCUGGGCGCUGCCGAUCUCCAGGCUGCGAUUGGGGACGCAAUCGAGGCGAACGCAGCGACGCUGCCCGCAGGCGUGGGCGUGGCCGACGUGGUUAGCGCACCCGCGCCGCAGAGCGAGACCCGCACUCCCGCGUCGUAUCAAAUGUACUUGAAAAUGUCUGGGUCUGGAUGAGUCAUGUUGUUUUUGCAUGACACAGAAGGUCUGGCAUGGAAGCUCUAGCAUUACAGGUUUCGAGAAGUAGCUUCCGCAAUGCCGAAUCCGCAUGACAAAUCCGCCACUUUGGUGACAGAAAGUGGGCAGCGCUUUCUACCCAGCAUGCAUGAGAGAUUUUUCUGUGUUCUGAAAUGCGCAUCACAAGUUUGUAUUCUUCCAAACCCAGACACUUUUGCAUUUGAUACGUCGGGCAACGCACCCAGUACCACGCGAACCACCGGCACGAAUGCCGACGAAGACGAGGAAACCAUCGUACUAAUCUUUGUUCUCGUGGGCGCCGUUUUGCUCGUGACCUUCCUGUUCGCGAUGGCGGUGUGGCGCCACAAGAAGCAGGAGGAGGCAACGCAGUACUGGGAAGCCUACAACCGCGACGGCUCGUGGGGAACCAAAUCGGGGGGCAAUGAAAUGUGGAAAGGUAAAAAGAACUACCACGACGGGAAGAGCGUUGAUGGGGGUGCAGCUCCUUGGGAACAGUUCGAGGUGGAAGACAUAUGAAAUACAAAUAUGUCCUCUUGGUCUCGAAGCUUGGAACUUGUAAUGCUGUCUUUGGAUUCCAAAAAAUUAUGUAUUGCAUGACCAGCAACAGGAGUCCAGUUUGUGUUACGCGGAGAGGGAAUUUCUUACGCGGGAUAGGCAUAAUUAGGAAGCCCUCUAAUUCUAAAAAUUUGCGAUGCUAGAUCAUGCAUUACAGGCAUGCAUGAUCAUACACAAUCUGCAGGACAAACCUGACAAUCUUCCAGACCGAGAUGACAUAGUUGCAUUCGAUAAGACACGCAAGGCUACAACAAGUACGAGCACGAGGCGGCGGACCGGUACUACGGGCAUGUAUCAAAUGCAAAUAUGUCUGGGUCUGGAAGAAUGCGCGACUUGUCAUGCAGCUUUUCCGUGACCCAUGAGGUCUGGAAUGCAGGACCUAGCAUGACAGAUUCUGUGCGAUCUCUUUCAUGGCUCUCCUGCAUGAGAAACUCCCUCCCGACUUGGUCAAAACUGGACGACUUUUGGUAAUCAUGCAACACAGUUUUUUGUAUGCUUCAGAUCUAGCAUGACAAGUUGCAUUCUUCCAGACCCAGACACUUUUACAUUUGAUAGCAUGGCGGUGACGACCAUUAUGAUGACACUGGAGCGAGCGACCCGUACUACGCGAACAGCUACAAUUACAAGAGAGCAACAGACCAACCCUAUUCCACGGAAAAUAAGUGCCCCCUCGUCCCCGGAGGUUGGAUAGGUUUCUGGUGCAUAAGGUUUUUAUCAUCAAAUGCGAAACUCUUUAUCAAUCUAUGCAUCAAAGGACUAGUAUGUAUGAAUGUUUCUCCUGCAGUAGAGUCUAGUAGGCUUGUGUUGAAGCAUCCCUUGCAGCACAACAGGCGCCGCUCUUGUUGGGCUCUUUUGAUGCCAUACGAGUUUUAUUCGGCUAUUCACAAUAAUUUUUAAAACUGUGACUCUGAUUGAUACAACAUGCAAGAGGGAGCAGAGUGUUUCCACGGGGAAGCUUUGCAAUUAUGCGAAUGCUUCCACGUUCCGGGGUCGUGGGGGCCGCGUUUUCAAUAUGAUAAACCCGGCGGUUCGACGACGUUGGGGUCGCCCGAGAGCAAGAGAGAGUCGGGCAGUGGUAAAAGUUCGCAGAAGACCUACAUUCUGCGAAACAAAGACGCGAGUUCGGAUUUCGUACAGGUCGUGGUCGCGGACACACAGCGGGCGGUCAAGAUCUUCAACGACGCCGUUGUGGACGGAGAGCCGGAGCAAUUCGGCACAACGGCGGACGGGGAUCCACGCAUGAAGGCGAAGCUUCAGGAGGCCUGGAGCUACAGCGACCACAGCAGCUUGGCCGGGCGGACGGUGUUGGUCAAGUACAAACACGUGGUGGAGAGCGGCACCGUAUCGAGUGCAAACAUCUUCACUUCUGGGUCUGGAACAAGAAUCAAACCGACACUGACAUGCAGAGUGUUGGCAUCAUCAUCAUCAUCUGCGGGACGAGGGUAUAGUAGUUUGACAUGUUGCACGUACUAGAAGUAGAGCACGAUAUCCUUUUUGUUCUGUUCCAUGCAUAAUUUAUUGUCUGCACGUUGAGAUGAAAUAGAAUUAGAAAUUCAAAUUACGCCUUUGUUCCCCUGGAGACGAAAACCGCACAGCUUUUGCUGACCGUGGAUGCAUUCUACAGUUGUAUUUCGUCCUCCGAUGUUCGUCCUCUUCCAGAUUCCCAUUGCCAUUCCGCAUCAUCAUCUUCCUUCCAGACCCAAAUCGAAGAUAUUUGCAAGGCAUAGACCAAUCAGACGGUUCUGGUUACGCCGUCCCCCGCGCGCCCGAAGGUCCCCUCCGGUCCGGUUCUGGUGAAGGGAGCUACCAAGAGCAGUCCAUCUUCUUUGCUGGGAGGUAAGAAGGGCGGGGGCAGCACUGCUAAAAGCAUGCCAUCGACGAAGGGCAGCCUCCUCGCCGGCGGGAAGAUGGGCAAGGGCAGCGGUGCCGGGGGCAAAAGCCGCAGCGGUUCGGCGGGGGCAGCGGCCGCGCGGAAGGGAUCUUACUAG